UAUUACAGGUAGAUCGCAACUUUGCCUGGAGCAGUGCAGGACUCAUACCGUUCAGGAACAUCUUCUUCUCGAGCAUCGUUAACUUGGGGAGGUACGACAGGAGAUCAAGAUGGCAGCACCAGGCCCACUUUAUACAGAAUUCCGCAUAGUUCUUCCUUAUGUAUCUCUUGAUGAGAUCCAAAUCGGGCUACUGUACACUUUAUGUAAGACCUCCCUCGCGGAGACGGGCGGUGCCGAAGGGGUAGAGAUUAUAGUGAAUGAGCCGCGGACAACUGAUACUGGAGAAGAAUGCCAAUACUACCACAAGAUACUUCACUUGGCAUCAAAAGUUCCUCGUGUUAUAAGGAUGCUCGCACCGAAGGGCGCCUUGGAAAUACACGACAUAACAACGGACACUUAUCCGAAAAUCCGCACAGCCUAUACUAAUCCAGAUUACAUGAAAGAUGGAUUUCACGUUGACGUUCAGAAAAUAUUCAAGGACAAUGACAAAGCAACUGAGGAAAACGUGUUCAACCUCGAUGACGAGAAAAGGGCGAAGACAUUGACAAUUAAAAUCGACAUCGUAAAUGAUCAAGUGAGCCAAACGGAUUACUCAGAAGAUACGGACCCGAUUAAGUUCCGUCUGGAAAAAAUAAGUCGUGGACCUCUGACAGCUGACUGGAAGGUAAACGUCUCACGACACUGA